UUAACGCCUCAGCAGCGGCGGAUUCAAACGGAAGAUGAAAGAUGGCCGCAGAGAAAGACACCGAUGUAAAUAAUCGAGACAGAAGGGGCACGGUGUGCAAUGUUGUGAUCAGUCAGGAGUCAGAAAUGGGCGGCAGUGGUGACAGCCGGCCGCCCAUCAUCUUCAACCCUGACUUCUUCGUGGAGAAGCUGCGUCACGAGCGGCCCGAGGCCUUCACCGAGCUGGUGCUGAGUAACAUCACGCGGCUCAUCGACCUCCCGGGGGCCGAAUUCUCACAGUUACUCGACGAGGUGCCCAAGACGCCCAACAGCACUGCGGCCGGAGGCUUCUUCCGCUCGUUCAACUUCCUCAAACGCAAAGACAAAGGUGUUGUGUUUGGCAUGCCUCUUAUGGAGGAAGGAAUAGCCCAGAUAUAUCAACUCAUCGUGUACCUCAACAAAAAUCUGCAUGUGGAGGGUCUGUUUCGGGUUCCUGGGAACAGUCUGAGACAGCAGACGCUGAGAGAGCAGCUCAACAGCGGCGCCGACAUCGACUUCUCCUCCGGUGACUUCCAUCCCAACGAUGUUGCCACGCUCCUCAAGAGCUUCCUGGGAGAGCUGCCCGAACCCCUGCUGACCCAGCGGCACCUGCACGCUCACCUGAAGAUCACAGAGCUGAGCCUGUUCGACGAUCAGGGCAACAAGACGAGUCUGCCGGAUAAGGAGCGUCAGAUCGAGGCGCUGCAGCUACUGCUGAUGCUGCUGCCCACCGCCAACCGAACCCUGCUCAAGCUGCUGCUGGACCUGCUCUACCACACCGCCAAACAGCAGGACAAGAACAAGAUGUCCGCGCACAACCUCGCGCUCAUGUUCGCCCCGCACGUCAUCUGGCCCAAGAACAUGAAUGCCAGUGACCUUCAGGAGAACCUGAAGAAACUGAACAGCGGCAUGGCGUUUCUCAUCAAACACUCCCAGAAGAUCUUUCGGGCGCCGGCGUAUCUGAGGGAACAUGCCAGACUUCAGUUCGCAAACACCAAAAUGAUUCACUCCAAGGAUGAUCUGGAGCUGCUGUCGGUCGACGGCUCUCCGUUCGCGUCGGCGUGUAAGAGGAGCGGAGCGCGCGUGCGCUUAGACUCGGACGGUCACACAGAAGAGGCGCUCCGAGAGCUCUAUCGACACGUCACCGAUCACAUGCCGAACUCCGCCAAGAAGAAGAAACUCAUCCGACAGCUCGGCAAGCAGUCGAGUCCUGGCACUCCUGUGAGCGAGAACACGACCCCGACCAGUAAAAAACACGCGCGCUCGCGCUCCUUCGGCGGACUCAUCAAGAAGAAGGUUUUGGGGAGUCAGCCCAGCGCAGACAGGAGGGGGCGGCACGUGUCUCCUCCGGGGAAGGAGAACAUCAGCUGUGAUCCGGCGAGCUGAACAUCAGCGCGGCGUGUCUUUGUCUGUACUGUGAAUUCUGCCCGAAUAGAAGACGACCAGAGAAGAUAGUUUUUUAUUUUAUUUUAAUUAUUUAUUUCUUUAUAUUCUGUACUGUUUUAACAUACUAAAUGUUGAGACUAAUUUUCAUUUAAUGUGAAUUUUAAGUUUUUUUUAAUUCGCUGUAUGGUUUUAAACUGUUACAUCAGGUUUAAUGGGUAAACCACUUGUCAGUUACACUGGGCCUUUUAGCCUGACCCACGAUAAGAUUAACUUGCUCAGCUCAUUCAUAUUGCCAGUGUAUAUAUGUAUAAAUAUAUUUGCGUGUGUGGAAGCGCGUACUGAUAUCUGGGCCGUACGCAUCUCACAUUAAUCACUCAAUUCAUGCUGUAAUCAGAUUUUAAGGGAACGAUAGACAUCAUUUACUCACAAAAGUGUAUUACUGUCAUUUAGAGAUCUGUGAGAAUAUAAACUGGCGUUUGUUUACAUAUAUAUAUAUAUAGAUAUUGUCUUAAUAACACUAUGGACAUUCGAAAUAUGGUAUUUUGUGACCAGAACAAGACAAAUGUGAUUUUUAUUUUUAUUUUUCAAAACUUGAUGUCGCUUUUCAGGCCCAAAUCAUCAGCCGACUGAAGUUUCCAUGUAAUUUAACCACUAAGCCAAAUAGGUUCCUGUAUUUUUGUAUGAAAAUUCAUUUCAGUGUACGAUAAUUUUGUGUUUUCAUAUUGAGAAGUGCACAAAGCAGCCGUGUUUUUGUAUUAAACGCUGUUCAGUGCUGUUUUUGAAGGGUUUUGGGUGCGUGUCAGGGGUGUUUCGAAGGUUUUUGUAUGUUACGGGUGGUGGAUGAAGGUGCAGAGGUCGAGAUGUAAGUGUUUGUGUGAACUCGAGUGGGUAUUAAAGGAUGUUGUGAAAGUAAUUGCUCUUAAUGCUGGUUUGGCUUUGAUCCUGAACGUCUCCUGUCUUAUUCCUCAAAGCAGAGUGUGUUUUUCAUGUUCCUGGAGAGCGCUGUGAAGUCACUUCCUUUCAUUGUCUUCAUAUAUAUAGCUCUUUCAGAUGUGUUUGGUCACAAGCACUCUCCAAAUGCACGUUCCCUCGACUGAUGAAUUGCUUUUUCAUUUUUUUCCCCCCCCUCCCAUUUUAAUGCAUUAACUCAAAUGUAGCCUUUCUAAAUCUAUAUUUUAAGCCUGCAAUGUUGAAAAAGGGGUGGGUGGUUAACUUGUUUAAAAACUGGAAAUAUUAAAACGUCUUUAACACCAAUAAAUAAGCAUGCAAGCUUUCAAGUUUAAUUUUGCAUGCUAAUGGUGGAUUUUUUUACAAUUCACAAAUUGAAAUACAUUUUCACAAUAAUCAGCGAUUUACUGAAGUGUUUAAGGAAAGAAGAAGAGCUAAAUAAAAUUUUCUUUCAAGUUUAGAUAUGGUGCUAUCUGCAAACGUGUAAUUAGCAAUAAUUGGGAUGUUUUAUUUAACUCUGUGUGUGUGUGUGUACAGAUGGUACGUGUGGAGAUUGGGGAUGUUGUUAUCUGUUGGAAAAGAUUGGGGAAAUCAUUGAUUUUGUUUUCAAAUUAAGUUUUAUAUUUUCCUUUUUUUAUGUUACAGCAAUUAAAACUGGAGUUUAAAAAAAACAUUUUUGUAUUUGAUAUGUGAAACAUUUGUGUUUGUGCUUGAUCCGCUCUAGUACAACGAUUGCUUCUGUGUAUUUCCUUUCUUUUUUCAUUAAAACUCUCACAC